AUGGGAUGGAACAGUUGGAAUCAUUUUCAUCGUAAUAUUAGUGAAAAAAUAAUCCAGAAAACUGCAGAUGCUUUUGUAGCUACAGGUCUUGCAGCUGCUGGAUAUCAAUAUGUGAAUCUGGAUGAUUGUUGGCAAUUGACUUGGGAUAAUCAAGGUAUUAUUCAUCCUGAUCCUCAAGCUUUUCCAAAUGGAAUACCAGCCCUUGCUGAUUAUGUUCAUUCAAGAAAACUUAAAUUUGGCCUUUAUUCAGAUGCAGGAUUUAAGACAUGUGCUGGACGACCUGGUUCACUUGGUUAUGAAACAAAAGAUGCUAAUACAUAUGCAUCUUGGAAUGUUGAUUAUUUAAAAUAUGACAAUUGUAAUACAGAUGGAACUAUUCCUGAAGUUCGAUAUCCAAUUAUGCGAGAUGCUUUAAAUGCUAGUGGACGACCUAUCUUAUUUUCCUUGUGUGAAUGGGGUGUUGAUACACCUGCGUUAUGGGCAGCUGAUGUUGGAAAUAGUUGGCGAACAAAAGGAGAUAUUCGAGAUAAUUGGAAUUCAAUGAUGUUUAAUAUUGAUAUUAACAAUGACUUUGCUGAUAAAGCUGGUCCUGGUGGAUGGAAUGAUCCUGACAGUAAGUAA